UAAUUUCUAUUAUUUUUAAAGUUUCGCGGUUAUACCCCCAAAUUUCUCCACCAUCCUUUCAUCCUUUCUCUAUUAUUUUUCUCAAAUCGUUCUUCACUAUCGCUUCCUUCCUUCUUGAUCGAUCGCUUUCUGUUUCGAUUUGAUUCGCCUUAUCAUCAUCUUCUUCUUGUGAUGCUUAGUCUACCAAACCCAGCGCUUUGAUCGAUACAUGAUCAAGUUACUCAUGGCUCCAUCAAGAAAGUCUAGAAGUGUGAAUAAGCGGUUCUCAUACAUCAAUGAGGCGACUUCUAACAAGAAUGGAGAGAACACUAACAAAAGUAGGCAGCGGAAGAGGAAGUUGUCUGACAUGUUAGGACCACAAUGGAGCAAGGAAGAGCUUGAGCGUUUCUACAAGGCAUAUCGUAAGCAUGGGAAAGAUUGGGAGAAGGUAACUGCUUCAGUGCGUGACCGGUCUGUGGAAAAUGUAGAAGCCCUUUAUACUAUGAAUAGGGCUUAUUUAUCUCUUCCACGAGGGUAUGCUUCUGCAGCUGGACUAAUAGCAAUGAUGACGGAUCAUUACAGUAAUCUGGAGGACAGUGAUAGUGAACAAGAAACUAAUGAGCCUGUAGUGGCCCCUCGAAAACCUCAAAAGAGUGCUCGAGGAGCUAAAGAAUUAGAUGCAUCACUGGUUCCAGAUCUUGUGCAAUCCCAGUCAGCUGCAUCAAAUUAUGGCUGCUUGUCAUUGUUGAAGAAGAGGCGAUCUGGAAGCAGGCCCUGGGCUGUUGGAAAAAGGACUCCUCGUGUCCCUGUUUCUCAUUCAUUUGACAAAGACAACCGGGAGAAGUAUAUUUCACCAGUUCGACAAGGUUUGAAAUUAAAGGCUGAUGCACUAGAUGAUGAUGUUGCUCAUGAGAUAGCAUUAGUAUUAACAGAGGCUUCUCAAAGAGCUGGAUCUCCCCAAGUCUCUCAAACACCAAACAGAAAAACAGAGACACCAUCUCCUGUUCGGAAUGGUGAACAUAUGCAUGCUGAAUCAGAGAUGACCAACACCAAGCUUCGUGGCAGUGAGAUGGAUGAGGGUGGGUGUGAAUUAAGCUUGGGAAGCACAGAAGCUGAUUUAGGACAUUAUGUAAGAAAUAAACGUUUCAUGAAGGGGAAGAGAUAUCAUGUGAGGAAGCCAGAAGUGGAGGAGAAUAUGGAUGAUCAUUUGGAUGACUUAAAGGAAGCUUGUAGUGGGACAGAGGAAGGACAGAAGCUGAGUGCUACCAAAGGAAAAUUAGAAAUGGAGGUUUUGGGUACAAAACUUCCAAGGCCUUCUAAUAAGGGUCAAAGAAAGAGAAGCAAGAAAGUUCUCUUUGGAGAAGGUGAAGCUGAUGCCUUUGAUGCAUUGCAAGCUUUGGCAGAUUUGUCUCUGAGGUUGCCAGAAGCACCUGUUGAUACGGAGUCAUCUGUCCAUGUUGAGGAACAGAAGACUGAAAUCGUUUCCAAGACCAAGUUGAAAGGGAAUCAUUCAACUCCCAGAGUUAAAGUUGCAUCCAAAACAACUAAACAAGGAAAAGUUUUCCCUCAAGAUGUUAGUGCUAGUCCCGAAGUGAAGGAUGGAGCCCAUCAGAUUACUGUUGGGAUUCGGAAAAGGAGAAAGAAGUCCUUACCAUCUAAGAUAUUAGAAAAUGAAGAGCAUAUUGAUUCUCAUCUGGGCGAGUCUCAGAAGGUUGAGGGCACUGAUGAUGUAAGUGACAUAAUGAACAAAGCCAAAUGUUCUCAUGAUUCUGCAUGCCAAAAACAAGGGAAACUGAUGAAACCUCCAGAAUUUGCUUCCAAUGACCAUGGAAGGGAGUCAAAUGAUUCAGCUCCAUCUUCCAUACAGGUUUUAUCUUCAAACCAAUUCAACUUACCUACCAAAGUGAGAAGUAGGCGUAAAAUAAACACACCAAAACCAUUGGUUGAUAAAGAUACUACGUCUUCUGAGAAUAUUGUAAAUGGCCAAUACAAUAUUGCCAUUCCUUCAUUCAAUGACAAUGUACUCAAUCUUAAGAAAAAGCAUUCUAAUUGUCUUUCCUGGUAUCAAGUUCGGAGGUGGUGUGUUUUUGAAUGGUUCUACAGUGCAAUUGAUUACCCGUGGUUUGCUAAAAGGGAGUUUGUGGAAUACCUGGAUCAUGUUGGAUUAGGCCAUAUUCCGAGAUUAACUCGUGUUGAAUGGGGUGUCAUAAGGAGCUCCCUUGGUAAACCACGAAGAUUUUCAGAGCAAUUUUUAAAGGAGGAGAAAGAGAAGCUUAAUCAAUACCGGGAAUCUGUCAGAAACCAUUACACAGAACUUCGUGCUGGUACCAAGGAUGGACUUCCUACAGAUUUGGCUCGGCCCUUAUCCGUUGGACAACGUAUUAUUGCUCUUCAUCCAAAAACGAGAGAAAUUCAUGAUGGAAGUGUACUUACUGUUGAUCAUAACAGGUGCCGAGUUCAGUUUGACCAACCUGAACUAGGGGUUGAAUUUGUCAUGGAUGUUGAUUGCAUGCCUUUAAAUCCAUUGGAAAAUAUUCCUGCAUCUCUUACCAGGCACAAUAUUUUUUUCAAUAAAUUCAUUGAGAACUUAAAUGACAUCAAAAUGAAUGGGCAACCAAUGGAAAGGAAGAUGGAAGGAUACAUAAAAUUUGCUUCAUGUGAGAAUCUGGAUAACGGCACUGGUUUUCCACAUACUUCCCCAUCAACUCAUCUCAUCAGCAAUUUAUUUCAGCAUGCGAAGGGUGGUUCAGCAAAUUCUAAUGUACAAGUUAGCAUUGAGUCAGGUGAACCUGUUAUUGCUCAACCUUUUAUUCUUUCACAUGUCCAAGCAAAGGAAGCUGAUAUCCAAGCUCUUUCAGAGUUGACUCGUGCUCUUGACAAGAAGGAGGCUGUGGUGUCUGAGUUGAAGCGCAUGAAUGAUGAGGUGGAAAACCAAAAAGAUGGAGAAAACUCCCUAAAUGAUUCUGAACUUUUUAAGAAGCAUUAUGCUGCUGUACUUUUGCAGUUAAAUGAAGUCAAUGAACAGGUUUCUGCUGCGCUCUUUUGCUUGAGGCAACGUAACACUUAUCAAGGGAAUAACCCACAUGUAUGGCUGAAGCCCAUGAUCGGUAUAGGUGAACCAGCUGGGCACUGCUGCUCUUUUGACCAUUCUGCAGACGAGAUUCAAGAAUCUGGAUCUCAUGUGGCUGAGAUUGUUGAAAGUUCAAGAACAAAAGCUCAGACAAUGGUUGAUGCAGCUAUGCAGGCAAUGUCAUCUUUGAAGAAGGGAGUAAGCAGCUUUGAGAGUAUCGAGGAGGCUAUAGAUUUUGUAAAUAAUCAACUUUCAGUAGAUGAUUUAAGCACACCAGGCAUGCAAACUUCUACCACUGCAAAUUUAGUUCACGGUAGCCUGGCUUCUCAGGAUCAGUCAGGUUCCUGUGCGGCAAAUGUGGGGGCAAACAGUCAUGCUUCUGAUACUCACUUAGACCAUAUAUCUGACCAAAAUGAAGCACAAAUCCCUUCAGAACUCAUUACGCAAUGUGUAGCUACUUUGCUUAUGAUUCAGAAAUGUACAGAACGGCAGUUUCCACCAAGUGAUGUUGCCGAGGUACUAGAUUCUGCGGUUACAAGUUUGAAGCCAUGUUGUUCACCAAACCUUCCAAUUUAUGCAGAUAUUCAGAAAUGCAUGGGGAUUAUUAGGAAUCAGAUAUUGGCACUCAUACCUACAUAGCUCAUAAUAAUUGUUUUUUUUUUUUUUUGGUAUUUUCCCUUCUUAAGUGUAUAAUAUCAGAGUGGAAUCAGUUGCUUGAAUAUGACAAUCCGACAUGUAUUCCCUUCAUUUCUUUUUCCUAUUUCUUGUUUGUUAAAUGUAAACAGGAGUCUGUACAUGUACCAAAAUACCUGUGGUUCCACGACACUGCUCUCAAUAUAAGAAUCAACAUCUCUUA